AUGUCAGGUCUACUCAACUCUCGCUGGGCACCCGGAUCUGGAGGAAAUAAACGAUACCCGGCGAGUCAAAAUGCUCCCCGGUAUUGGCCCUCUAAUAACUCCAACCCCAGCGGUAACAGCAGCAUCCGCCCGACGACUAUCACACCCCAAGAUGGCCGUUUGCUGCCGCCAGCCGAAGAAUUGGCACGAUUUAUGAAAAUUGUCGCUAGGCUGCGAUGGAAACUCCCAUUUUUAGCUGAAGGAUACCGCCUUGCAACUCUGGAAAUCGGGGAUGUGAUAUCGGCAGAUGACGUCGCACAUGCUGAAAUAAUGUUCAAGAUCGAUUUCCACGAAUAUUAUGCUCUACUAGAACGUGCCAUUGUCCACUUACUGGCGGUAUUCAAUAUAUCAGUUACGUCAUCGCCACGAGGACCACCUAAUAAUGGAAAUGGCAUCGGUCGGCCUGUUGGUAUUCACCGAUAUCACGCCAAUGUGCUAGAGGCCUUGCGGGAGCAAUCAACCCCACUGUCCCCGGUUCUUGGUGGUGGCAAUGUCUAUUUGCAAUUACAAAAAGCCAAGGAACUGCGGAAUAGGUGGAAAACUGCCGAUUUGACCACGGAAGAGAGAGAAAAGCAAGGGGAAAGAAAGGAUGUUGUGACGCUUGCAAGCUUUGACUUCGAGGGCAUCAUCUCGGAUAUCUUUGGCGGUUUAGAAGAAUCAUAUAUUCGCGCAAAGGAGCAUGUCGACAAGUGUAUUCGCCCAGAGGAGGCCACUGGAGAUGGGGCAAGCUCUGAGGCAGACUGGGGGUUCAUGGUCGAUGCUAUGGAUUGGGAAGCUGUGUGA